AGUGGAAAAACGGGAAGAGGAUCGAGGUGAAGUGCUGCUGUUGUGUUUCGUCUGGGAGGGAUUUUUUCUGAGGGUGGCAACAUUAGGCGGAUUCCUUGCCUUUGCGCGAAGAAGCCUGCUAAAGGCUCACGGGGGCGCCCAUUAGCGAAGCGUUAGUGAAGCACCGGGUGUUGAGCAAAAUUUACGAGAGGUGAAGAGCAAAUGCUGAAGGUGAAGGUGGUGUGUGGAGUGGCAAAGUAGGAAGGAAACAGCUCAAGUGAUAAUUAUUGAUAGCGCAACUGUGGCGAAGCUGGAAAUCGAAAGGGAAAAGAAAUGAAACUGCUCGCGCAGAUAAUUCCCUUUUGCCGACGUGCACGCAAGUGAGACAAAUUCGUAUCGUAACGGGUGAGAGAGAGAGAAAAAAGGUAAAGAUUGUUACGUAGUGAGAAUCAACGUACACAGCACAAAAAGGGGGUUGAAGGAAUGGGGUGUAUGCUUUUCAGGGGUGAGUGUAUCGUGCACAUGUUGUGCGUGUGCUGAGCUAGUCAUUCGUACACACACAUACGUAUACACGCAAGAAAGUGAGUAGAACGAAUGCGAGCGCGAGAGCGCAGGAGGAUGCUGCGAAGAAUUCGCCAGCGAAGCAACCAAAGCUCCACAACAUCCCCAAGGCAACAAGACAAAUCACAAGAAGCUGGGGGCUGCUGCUGUGGUGUUGAUCGCAUUUGAAUCGGUGUUGUCGUUCGUACACACUAUAGCCAGGCAUAAGAGAGACCUUGUCACAGUGUUGUCAUAGGUUUCGCCGAGAGUUGCCGCAAGCCAGUAGAUUGUCGAUGUUUAUUGUUGUUGUGAGGAAAUAGUGUUCACAAUGGUCGAAGAUAAAUUUCCCGCGUAGCUGUUUAAAACAUACAAAGGUCUUUUAGGAGAAGAAUGUGAUCAUCUCUAUUAACUUUAAAACGAGGACGGGCGCAACGUGUGUCGUCUUAGUGCUUAUUUCAGUUCCACAGAGCGAACAUCGGAUGUGCAUUCUAAAUGCGUGCAUGACAUAGGGGACGACGGGGUGUCCAAUGUAUGGCCACUGUUUGUAGAUAUAUAUACACAUAUUUAUAUAUACGUCAACUGCAACAUAAACCAGAAGCAGGGUGGUUGUGUCCUUGAUCUUGACCCAGCAAAAAACCGCUGGAAAAGGGAGUCAAAUAUUCCUUUUGCAAUUCAACGCCGGUCCCCGAUAGUGUGGUGAUGCAUUAUCAUUAGUCCUACCGGGCGGUAAUAGCAAACUAGUACUUACCAACCAGUGCCAUACGUAGACAGAGAGAAGGAAAGAGUGUAGCAAAGGAGAGAGAGAGAGAGAGAGAGAGAGAUACAGAGGAACGAAAAAGAGACAACACUAAAAAUCGGUUAAAAACGACCGAAACUCGCACACCCCUUGGAAAGCACUCAGUUAAGGGCGAACCGCCGGACAUCUCGAUUGCGAUCAGGAUAGCCGGCGAAAGCAAGCACUCACGAUGGGACGGAAAAAGAUACAGAUUUCCAGGAUAACGGACGAACGAAACCGACAGGUGACGUUUAACAAGCGCAAGUUUGGCGUGAUGAAGAAGGCGUACGAACUGUCCGUGCUGUGCGAUUGCGAGAUUGCACUGAUCAUCUUCAGCAGCAGCAACAAGCUAUAUCAGUACGCCAGCACGGACAUGGACAAGGUGUUGCUGAAGUACACGGAAUACAACGAGCCGCACGAGUCGCUGACGAACAAGAACAUCAUUGAGAAAGAAAACAAAAAUGGUACCAUGUCACCGGACUCGCCGGAACCGGAGGACAGCUACACGCUAACGCCACGCACCGAGGCCAAGUACAACAAAAUCGACGAGGACUUUCAAAUCAUGAUGCAGCGGAACCAGCAGCUGACGGCGGGCGGUGCUCGACCCAAUAUGGCCACGAACAGCUACUCGUUGCCGGUGUCGGUGCCGGUAUCGGUGCCCGUGAUCGGUACGUACAACGACUCGAUGUUGCAGAGCAGUCCACAGAUGGCACACAAUAGUAUUAGUCCACGGCCCUCCAGCUCCGAGACGGAUUCUGGUACGUUCAAUUCGGGGCAGGUUCCUCUAUUUUUGGCACGUUCGCCUAACGCAUCGUUCAUUCUCGUUCCAGUGUAUCCUUCCGGCGGUAUAUUAGAAAUGUCGAACGGCUAUCCACACUCUGCGUCGCCCCUCGGUGGAUCACCCAGUCCCGGCCCGAGUCCAGGUAUUGGCUCUCAUCAGGCGCAUAACAAUAACAAUAACACCCAUAACACGCAUAACAAAAUGCAAACGAUAAAACAGAGUCCGUCAGGUGGGAGCGGCAGUUCCGGAUCACGGUCGACUAACUUGCGAGUAGUGAUACCGACCCCCAUGAACCCGACCAUUACAGCAGAUGACAUCUCGUACGUGGAACAGCAUUCGCGGCAGCAAACGAAUUUGAAUACACCGGUAGUGGCACUGCAGACCCCGAUACCGGGACUUACGAACUACACCACCACGCUUGGCUCAUUCGGUGCACAGGAUUUCUCGCUCAACACGGACAUCAUGAUCGGACCGUGGGGUGCGGCAUCAAGCCAUAGCCAAAACACGUCCGCCGCGGCCGCAGCUGCCGCCAUGGGCAGUCUCCAGCACUCGAGAAUACUUUUCAGCGGUUUGCCCCAUCUAGCUGUGUCGAACAGUACUCCGCCGCCGUCAACUUCACCGCUGUCGGUGAAGAUUAAGGCGGAACCGAUCUCACCGCCCCGGGACCACCACAACACGUCACAUCAUCACGGUGUGCCUGGUGGUGGUGUCGGUACCUCAGCGACCGGUGGAUCGGCAACCGGUGCAAAUGGCGUCCAGUCGGCGGGAGCAUCUGGCAGCGGCAGCAGCAGCAGUGUCAAUGCGACCGGCAACAGUAAUAACGGAAGUAGCAACAGCAGCAGUCAACAGAAUGGUGGUGCCCAGCAACUAACUGCGAUGGGUAAUGUGGUUGUGAGUGGCGGAGGUGCAGGAGCCGGUGCGAGCUCACUAGGGGCCAACCUUAACCAUAGCCACCUGAUACAUUCACGACCUUCCUCAACCGGUCACCUAACACCGACACCGGACUCUUAUAUGCCUCUUGGUGGGCACCUGACAGGUUCCGUGACGCCAACGAAUGCACCCUCACCGGUGGACAUCCGGCAUCUCAGCACGGGCGGUAGCCACCUUCCGGAAUACGAUGCACCCUCUGCACAGGCGCAUAAAAGACCAAGAAUAUCGGAGGGCUGGGCCACAUAGCCCCUAAAGACUAGCGGCGGUACCGGUGCGGGCGCUGGUGGGAACCGUGGGACGGACGGUUCAUCGUGCUACCUGGACGACAACUCAAACCAUGUGGUAGUGAUUUCGGACGCGGACGGAAACAACUCGGCCGA